AUGUAUACGCUUAUUCGCGGCUUCUGUCGACAAAUUAUAAAGAAAGACGAGUACUCCGUGCUGAUUUUAGGCCUCGAUCAGGCUGGAAAGACUACCUAUCUUGAGCAGGCUAAAACAAAAUUUAAUGAUUCCUACAGAUCUAUUCCCCCCCACAAAAUUACCUCCACCGUAGGAUUGAAUAUUGGGCAUAUUGUUCUUGAUGGGAUAAUAAUGAAGUUUUGGGAUUUGGGAGGCCAGACUGAACUGCAAUCCUUAUGGGACAAAUACUACAUCGAGUCUCAUGGUGUUAUCUUUAUCAUCGACUCUUCUGAUCCAGACCGAUUUAACGAAUCGAAAGCCGCCUUUGGUAACUGUCAUCUCGAUAAAAUGAUCCAAAAUCAUGCACUCCGCGGAGUUCCUCUUCUGAUCAUCGCCAAUAAGCAGGACCUCGACGUAGGCUACCACGCGCCUGACCACUUUGCCUUUCCUGUCUCUGAGGUGAGACAAGUGUUUCAGAACAGUGCACACCUCAUCGGCUCCAGAGACUGCUCAAUGCGUGGUUCAUCUGCCCUAAAAGGUGAUGGUGUUAUCGAUGCCAUACGAUGGAUGGCAGAAAAAAUGAAGAAGAACUCUCUUCAAAGGCCGCCUAAUGUCGAAUAA